AUGUCUGUUGCUCAAACCCCAAUUUCUGGCGACAUCCCUCUCAUCCUGGUCCAGGGUCCCCCUAGAGCGGCAACCCCCGCUCACAGUCUCGAAUACGCAGAUGAACUCUACGGUGCAACUUCUGAAGUUAUGGCCUUGUACGGCCAUCAUUUUGAAGACCCGAGAGAGUACCAUUAUAUGGAUAUUACACUUGCGUUUGCUGGCCUCAAGAUCCGUCCUUCCCAUCUCCUCAAGGACAUAGAGUAUUUAGUCAAGUUUGUGGUGCAUGAGCGAAAGGCAAACGAGCCCAUCGCUGAAUUCAUCCGUGGGAUCGGGGACCUUCCAGAGUGGACAUUUAAAGGAGCACAAGAUGAGCUCACCCACAUACCACUAUCACGAUCGCCCUCAUUCGAAUCAAGGCUAUCCGAGCUCUUCCAGCUUUCUCCGCCCAAUGGAGCCAGCGUCGCUCCCGCCCUCAAACUCAAAGCUGGUCUUUUGGAUUUUGAAGGUCUGGAUAUCAAAGUUCGACCGACAUUGAAUAUCGAUGAGCACAUGACAUUGGAGGACGACAACACCCUCAAAAUCUUGAAAUUAUCACGCGGAACUUGGAAUCUGUGCUUGACGUAUCACGAAAAUCUUGUUGCAAAAGCGCUGAACAUGGAUACUCUGGGAAGUGAAGUGCUCGGUUCGCUCUACACCCUAUACGGAGAAGGCGCACUCAUGAGAAAGGCGGGUGAGAUGGAACUUGUGGAGGAUGAUCCGGAGCUCGCGCUCUGGAUACGGUACCUCAACGAUAAUUAUAGCAAAGUCACCCCAAGAGUCCUGGCCAGUCGAACGCUCGCGCUUGUUAGCCUCGUUGAAAAGAGACGGUCUUGGUGGUCCACUCUCAUCCGGGAUGUCAAACUACAAACAUCCACGCAACCCAUUCUUUUUUAUGGCUCAAUCCUUGCUGUGAUCUCGGUCAUUUCCUCUGUGGUUCAAGCGGUGGCUACUGUGUGGGGUCUUGUCGUUGCUAUUAAGCAGCCUGUUGGACACUGAACCCCACUAAUGUGUUUGCAACUAGCGCUAUGAACAAACAACGAAAACUCGGAACGUUGGGUUCAACCGGACUCUUCCAACCCUUCCUGGUGACGGAUAGUGUAUCUUGUUGAACACGCUCACGCGACGUUGAUUGAAUGUAAUACGUGUUAGAUUACCACUACGCUUGUAAUCCCGCAGCUGCAGUAAAAAGAGAUGCCCGGACGACGUUUGCCGUUGCUU